GCCUCGCGCGGCGGCUUCAAGCGGUGGAGGCGGCUUUGGCCGAACUUGAUGCCGAGCCAUCUAAGGUGAAAGCUGCUGCUGAAGAAGCGCAGGUGCAAGAGGACGAAGACGACAUCAACCUGGCCCGUUGGGAGUGUCGCAACGUCGAGCGACGCCUGGAGCAG